AUGGUCGACAUGGGGGGCCUGGACAACCUGAUCGCCAACACGGCCUACCUGCAGGCCCGGAACACCUCGGAGGUUGACAGCCGCGAGUUGCAGCGCCGGCGCCGGAGCCUGGCGCUGCCCGGCCCGCAGGCCUGCGCCGAGCUCCGGCGGGAGCUGCCCGCACACUUCCACAGCCUCUGCGAGCAGCAGCCCAUUGGCCGCCGCCUCUUCCGCGACUUCCUGGCCACGGUGCCGGCGUACCGUGAGGCCACGGCCUUCCUGGAAGAGGUGCAGAGCUGGGAGCUGGCCGAGGAGGGGCCGGCCAAGGGCAGCGCGCUGCAGGGGCUGGUGGCCGCCUGUGCCCAAAGCCUGGCCCCAGGGCAGCCACUGGCCUUCCUCAGCCCAGCUCUGGCCGCCAAGAGCCAAGCAGCUGCCACAGAGGAGGAGCAGGCCGCCGUGGUGACGCUGGCGCAGGCUGAGACCAUGGCCUUCCUGCAGGAGCAGCCCUUCCGCGAGUUUCUGGCCAGCCCCUUCUACGAGAAGUUUCUGCAGUGGAAACUCUUUGAGAUGCAGCCGGUGUCAGAGAAGUACUUCACGGAGUUCCGGGUGCUGGGCAAAGGGGGUUUCGGGGAGGUCUGCGCCGUUCAGGUAAAGAACACCGGUAAGAUGUACGCUUGUAAAAAACUGGACAAGAAGCGGCUGAAGAAGAAAAAUGGUGAGAAGAUGGCUCUCUUAGAAAAGGAGAUCUUGGAGAAAGUGAGCAGCCCUUUCAUCGUCUCCCUGGCCUAUGCCUUUGAGAGCAAGACCCAUCUCUGCCUGGUCAUGAGUCUGAUGAACGGGGGAGACCUCAAGUUCCACAUCUACAGUGUAGGCUCACGGGGCCUGGCCAUGGAGCGAGUGGUCUUCUACUCAGCCCAGAUGACCUGCGGAGUGCUGCACCUCCACACCCUUGGCAUCGUCUACCGGGACAUGAAGCCAGAGAACGUGCUGCUGGAUGACCUUGGCAACUGCAGGCUGUCCGACCUGGGGCUGGCCGUGCAGGUGCAAGACGACAAGCCCAUCACACAGAGGGCUGGAACCAAUGGUUACAUGGCUCCCGAGAUCCUAAUGGAAAAGGUGAGUUAUUCCUACCCAGUGGACUGGUUUGCGAUGGGAUGCAGUAUUUAUGAAAUGGUUGCUGGACGAACCCCAUUCAAAGAUUACAAGGAAAAGAUCAGCAAAGAAGACCUAAAGCAAAGAACCCUGAAAGAGGAGGUUGCAUUCCAACAUGACAGCUUCACAGAGGAAGCAAAAGAUAUCUGCAGGCUCUUCCUGGCUAAGAAACCGGAGCAACGCUUAGGCAGCAGAGAAAAGUCUGAUGACCCCAGGAAACACCCUUUCUUCCAAACCAUCAACUUUCCCCGCCUGGAGGCCGGCCUGAUUGAACCCCCUUUUGUGCCAGACCCUUCGGUAGUUUAUGCCAAAGACGUCGAUGAAAUUGAAGAUUUCUCUGAGGUUCGGGGGGUAGAAUUUGAUGACAAAGAUAAGAAGUUCUUCCAAAGAUUUGCGACUGGGGCUGUCCCCAUAGCAUGGCAGGAAGAAAUUAUAGAAACAGGACUAUUUGAAGAACUGAAUGACCCCAACAGGCCUGUGGGUUAUGGGAAGGGUAACGCCUCCAAAUCUGGGGUGUGUGUGUUAUUGUAA